AGAAAUCCGCCGGAAAGGCCAGAAAUCAGUGAUGGCCGGAAAUCAAGUUGGGGGAAAAUGUUUGUGUUGUGUUGUUUUUCCUCGAGUGGGUGAGAUGUGAAUGGUGCACCGUGCUAUCCGGGUGAUUCAGCCCCCCCGUUCUGGCGGAGUUUGUUCCACGAUGCAUUAUGAUCGGAAGAGGCGCACGCUGAACGCUCUACGAAUCCCAGCGAGCGUAGGAUCCCCGGUGAACGGCGGCGGCUUUCGCCACCGAGAGUCCGCGGGCCGAGAGACAGCUAACCCUACUUGCCAGCGUCAAGCGAUCGGUCACAGGCCGCCGCUACAGUUCACGCUCCGCUAACUUCCGCGGUUCUACGUCGACGUCGUGACCCAUUCCUUAGUCCAGUUAAGCCAAGCUUUAAGCUCAGCUAACAACUAAAAAUAGACCGCUAAAGCAGGCAGAAGAAAAACGGUGCGCGGCAAGCUCAGACUUCGUUUUGCUAACUCGCCGAACGCGGUUCACUGGGUGCACCUUCGUUUUUUUGUAUGACUAUUUUAAACGCUUCCAUACGUUGCCGAGCCGAAGAACCUUUCUUUUUAGAGUAUAACAUGAGAUAAAAAGGCGACCCAGCCAUGCUGGUGAACAUAGACAUUCGGACGUUCUGCCAGAACCUCCGCGCCACCAAACCGCCGUACGAGUGCCCCCUUCCAAACUGCGGCCGCAUUUACAAGACGUACUCGGGCAUUCAGUUCCACCUGUACAACUUCGAGCACGACGGGGCCACGCCGCAGGCGCCGUCGACCAAGAAGGGCAAGCGGGGCCGAUGGCAUCACCGGCAGAACCGGCGCUCACCGACGCCGCCCGAUCUCGGGAAACUGCCCGCGGCCCGCGAAGCCCUUACGUACGCCGAAGCGCAAAAGAUCGUCGAAGUGGACUUGGACGGGAACCUGCACCGCAUCAACAUCUGCGAGCCCCUCGACCUGGUGUUCUCCGAACCCGGGGAAGAGGCGGGCGACGCGCCGGUGGGGACGGCCGAACCCGCGGCCAAGGGGGCAUCGGGCGGGAAGCAAGCGGCCGUGCCGAGCACCGUCAAGCUACCGGAGGCUUCGUUUCGGCUCGUGGCGGACUAUAAUCCCGCCGAUGCGCCCCAGCGGCCCGCCUCCUACUACCGCUUCAUCGAGCGAUCAGCCGAGGAACUGGACGAGGCGGUCGAGUACGACAUGGACGAAGAGGACUGCGCCUGGCUGCAGCUGAUGAACGGGCGGCGCCGCGCGGAUGGCCUGGGGGAAGUGAGCUGCGACACCUUCGAGCUGCUCAUGGACCGGCUGGAGAAGGAGUCGUACUUCCAGAGCCAGAGCUCCGGCCGGGACCUGGGGCCCCCCAUCGACGAGGACGCCGUGUGCGCCAUCUGCAGUGACGGCGAGUGCCAGAACUCCAACGCCAUCCUCUUCUGCGACAUGUGCAACCUGGCCGUGCACCAGGAGUGCUACGGCGUGCCCUACAUUCCCGAGGGCCAGUGGCUGUGCCGCCGGUGCCUGCAGUCCCCUUCUCGGGCCGUGGACUGCGUGCUCUGCCCCAACGUGGGCGGUGCCUUCAAGCAGACGGACGACGGGCGCUGGGCCCACGUGGUGUGCGCCCUGUGGGUGCCCGAGGUGUGCUUCGCCAACACUGUGUUCCUGGAGCCCAUCGACUCGCUGGGCAACAUCCCGGCGGCCCGCUGGAAGCUGACCUGCUACAUCUGCAAGCAGCGGGGCGUGGGCGCCUGCAUCCAGUGCCACCGGGCCAACUGCUACACGGCCUUUCACGUGACGUGCGCCCAGCAGGCGGGGCUGUACAUGCGGCUGGAGGAGGAGGCCACGCUGCACGUGCGCAAGGCGGCCUACUGCGACGCGCACGCGCCGGCCGGACCCGGGGACAGCGAGGGGGAGGGCAAGGUGGACGUGGUGAAGAAGGCCCAGGCCAAGGCCAAAUCGAGGGAGAAGAUGCGCAAGGCCCGCAAGAUCCUGGCCGAGAAGCGGUCGGCCGUGCCCGUCGUCUCCAUCCCCACCCUGCCGGGGGACAGGCUGGCCAAGAUAGCGACACUGACAAGCCUGUCUCGCAAGCAGCCCUUCCUGGAGCGCCUCCUGGGCUACUGGACACUCAAGAGGCAGUCGCGCAAUGGCGUGCCCCUGCUCAGGCGUCUCCAGAUGGCCCACCCUGGACGGAGGGACACGAAGGAGAGCGACCCGGAGUGCAGCGUCCUGCGGGAGCAGCUCAAGUUCUGGCAGCGGCUGCGCCAGGACCUGGAGCGGGCCCGCCUGCUGGUGGAGCUGAUCCGCAAGCGGGAGAAGCUCAAGCGGGAGCAGCUGCGCCUCCAGCAGCUGGCCACGGAGCUGCGACUGGCCCCCCGGGGCGUGCUCAUGCGCCGGCUGCUCGCCCAGCUCAGGGACAGGGACAGGGACGCCAUCUUCGCUCAGCCGGUCGACCUUAAGGAGGUGCCGGACUACCUGCACUACAUCUCCCAGCCGAUGGACUUCUGGAGCAUGGAGCAGAAGCUGCGCAGGCACGAGUAUGCCAGCCUGGACCAGUUUGAGGCAGACUUCCGGCUGGUGGUGGACAACUGCACCACCUACAACUCCAAGGACACCCCCUACUACCGGGCGGCCGUGAAGAUGCGCGAGCAGGGAGGGGCGCUCAUCCGGCAAGCCAGGGCCCAGGCAGAGCGCUGCGGCUACGAUCCGGACACGGGCAUGCACCUAGACGGAUCGCCAGGCAGGAACGCAGAACGUCCUUCACCGGUGGAUCCAGCCAAGCAGUCGCAGCCUCCGUCAGAAGGCCAGCGUGGCGGGGACACGCGCAGCCGCCUGGAGGCCCUCCUGCCCCGACUGGCAGCAACGGCGGGACCAGGGCGGCGCAAGCUGGCCAUCCAGGUGGCGCGACUACGCCGCCAGCUCACCAUCGAAAGCUGCAGCCGCUCCAGGCGCCAGAGGGGGCUGAGGGCACAGGACAGCGCCGGGUCGGGGGGGCCCCAGCAGCGCCCGGCGGAGUCUUCAUCCUCCUCGGAAUCCUCGGAGUCGGAGCCCGCCCCACCCCCCGUCAAGUCCCGCCGGGGCCGGCCCCCCAAGCGCCCGCCCCCACUGUCGUCGGGAUCGGGCGCUGCCACCGCCCCCGGCACCGCGGCCAACCCCGCAGAGCCCGCGCCCAAGAAGGGCUCUCCCGCGCCGCCCGUCCUCCUGCCUCGGGUCUCGCCUCCGUCUCAGACGCCGGCUGGGACCAGCGGCACCACCCCGGUGAGGACGCGCACAUUCUCUGAGCAAGUGGAGGAGAGGAAGCAGCGGGAGGGCGAGGAGGAAGAGGCCGCCCCACCCCCUCCCAUGCGCGAGGGAGAGCCGCCACGCCGCAGGGGACGGGGCCGGGGUCGUGGACGCGGGCGGCGCCCCCUCAGCUUUCAACGCGGCGGUGCCAUGCGCGGAGCCAGGAGCGGCAGGGCUGCCGCCGAGCUUCAGGCGUCGCGGAGGCAGCUACCUCGAGGAGUGCCACCACCCGCGCCACCCGAGGAGACGCCCGAGGAGCCGCCGGCACCCGAACAGGCCUCCCGCACGGGCGGCGUGAACCGGCGGACAAGCGUGCUCUUCCGGAAGAAUCGGGUGUCCAUGGGGAGGGCGCCGGCCGGCCGCGGGGGGCGCCCGGGAAGACCCUCUCGCCGGGCAAGCCUGGACGUGGCCGCUGAACCAAACGCCGACGCCUUCGCCCCGGCAGAGCCGCCCCCGCAGCCGCCGGCAACCCCAGUGGCGAAGAAGCGAGGCCGCUCGGCCAGCCUGGCCUCCUCCUCCGGCCUGGGCCUGCCCCCUCCCCCCGCCAGCAGCUUCCCCCCCGCAAGCCCACUCCCGCAGACGGACAGCUUCAAGGUCUACCGCUCUUCCAGAAACGAGCAGGCUUCGGAUUCGGAUCGGGAGUCGUCGAGCGGGUCUUCGGCCUCGGCAUCGAGCAGCCAUCCCUCUUCGGAUGGACCGGAGGCCACGGACCCCGACGACGACGACGAUAGCCACGCGCCGGGCUGGUCUCAGGCGAACGGUUGGGAGGAGCCCCUCAUCCCCUUGGAACCCCUGGACCUGGUGUGGGCCAAGUGCCGGGGAUACCCGUGGUACCCAGCCCUGAUCAUCAACCCCCAGAUGCCGCGAGGGGGCUUCACCCAGAACGGGGUCCCGAUCCCGGUGCCCCCGGAGGAAGUCCUGGGCCUCAGGAGCAACUACCAGGAGCCCGUCUAUCUCGUGCUGUUUUUU